UGAUUUCCUCCCAUCUUUUCAGUCCCUUAAAUUUUUUAACUGAUAUUAACUGAACAGGCCUUUUUCAAAAGUUACAAUCAACUCAUCAUUUCCAAGGUGGCUCACUUCCAGAAACUGAAUAUAAACAAACAACCAAGUUCAAAGUUCCAGAGAAAGCACCAAGCUGAACCUGAAAACCCAUCUCCAACCAUUUCCUAUGGGGUCACUUUCAAAAACUGUACAAGAAUUGGCUCUCCAAGGAGAAGAAGUACCUGAAAACUUUCUCUACAAAGAUGGUCAUGGUGGAUCUCCAGAUGUCCCAGUUAUGGAUGUUCCAGUCGUUGAUAUUGGUCUUCUUGGUACUUCUGCAGAAGAGCUUGAGAAGCUCAAGUCAGCUCUCAGCACAUUCGGUUGCUUUCAGGGAAUAAACCAUGGUAUGUCACUUGAAUAUUUGAAUCAAGUGCGUGAAAUCACAAAACAAUUUUUCCAUCUUCCAUUGGAAGAGAAGCAAAAAUACUUGAGAGAAGAAAAUGAUAUUGAAGGCUAUGGGAAUGACAUGGUUCUUUCAGAUCAACAAAAAAUUGAUUGGAAUGACCGUCUCUACCUUGUUAUAUACCCUGAAGAUCAGCGGAAGCUCAAACUUUGGCCUGAAAAUCCCAAACUUUUUCGGUCUACGAUACAUGAAUAUUCAGUGAAGAUUCAAUCAAUAAGCGAGGUUAUUCUUAAGGCCAUGGCAAGGUCACUGAAAUUGGAAGAGAACUGCUUUGUGGAGCAGUAUGGGAAAAAAUCAAAACUGUAUGAAAGGUUCAACUUCUACCCCAGAUGUCCAAAGCCCGACCUUAGCAUUGGUUCCAAACCACACGCAGAUGGGUCAGCGAUCACCCUUCUCUUGCAAGACGAAUCCGUUGAAGGUUUGCAGUUUAUGAAAGACAACCAGUGGUUCAAAGCUCCAAUCAUUCCUGAGGCUCUUCUGGUUAAUGUUGGUGAUCAAGCAGAGAUAUUGAGUAAUGGCGUGUUCAAGAGCCCGCUGCAUAAAGUGUUGACGAAUUCAGAAAGGGAGAGGAUUUCUUUGGCUGUCUUUUAUAUUCCAGAUCCUGAUAAAGAGAUUGGACCUUUUGAAGGGCUGAUGGACGAAUCAAGGCCCAGAUUGUACAGAACAGUCAAAAACUAUGUCAACAUUUAUUUCCAAUACUAUCAGCUGGGGAGGAGGCCAAUGGAGGCAUCAAAAAUCCAAGACUAACAUGCCCAUCUCUUAAUAGUUUUUGUGCUUAGAAAACUUUAUAACAUGUUCUCUGUUGAUUUUUUUGUUCUAUUAUAGCUGUGUGGCUAUCAAAUGCUAAGAACUUGCAACAUGGUAUCAGAAUAAUGCAGCUUGAAUACAGUGUAGGAGUUACUUUUUACUGAAUAUGUUGUAUUUGUGACUGAAUUUUAAUUGGUUCAGUUCGAGAAGCUUGCAGUGCAACAUUACAUUUGUAGAGAAAUAAAAUAUUAAAAAAAUUGGGACUCUUGUUUAUUGUU